AUGUUAACGCGUAAAGAAGAAUUAUUUGUGAAACCUUUUCAGCAAAGAUUAUAUCAUCAACACAAAGUCAAACUCAAGUCAGCCACCGCGCGGGUGGAUACGACUCCACCGCAGGAGUGGCAGCACAUAGUGCUGAAGACAAAGAAAUACCAAAAGGAACGAGAGAGAUGUACGCAGAUAUUAUUGAACAAUGGUAUUUUGUGGCGACAUUUGAGUGAAAUAAUGAGCACCAGACGUGUGGACAACCGUUGGGAUUACGAACAACCAAAGUUUUUUCAUAGAGUCAAUUUAUUUACAAAAAGUAAUAAUAAACUAACUGUUGAUAUUGAAGAAUCGUCAGAAUCCGGUAAAGUACAAACUGAAGUAAAAAACGAAAGGUGCAUUGCAUGUAAUCCAAAAUUGUCAAUUAUCAAGACCAAUAUACCAGAGGAGAGAAUACCAUGGGAUCCACCAAAAAAGAAAUUAUCGAAAAAAUUACGAAGCCUAUCCAUCCAUAAUGAUGGGGGUGUUAAAAAUACGAAAAAUCAGGUAUUGAACAAAUCUAGACAGAGCCACAAAAAAAGUUCAUUAGACCUUGUCAUAAAGUUUCCAUCUGGGAGCAAAGUUUCAAUGGUUGAAGGGAAAACAAAACGAGUACUCCAGCCAAAUAAUUGUCAAUGUACAAGAUGUCUUUGA